CUUUUAUUUCAAAUGUAGAUUUAUAUCAGACGGAACACAGUACACAUGUUUUGCAAUGGAUUCUCGAGAUAAGACAUAUUUAUAGGCCGAUAUUCGUAAUCUUAUAUUUAAGAUCGUCUUAAGAUAUUUCAACUAAUAAGCUAACUGUAUGAGCUUAUUUGAGACAAUCUUAAGAACGAACUGUGAACACCUCAGAAUAAAUAUGCAAUUUUUGUUUGAAACUUUAGACCGAGAUUUAUAGACUCAUAUUCGAUCACAUCUGAAUCAUGUCGCAAUACGAAGAUAUUUUGGAAGUCAAAGAAAAGGAAGAUAAUUUGCCAGUAGACUUGGGAGGAAUACGACAUCGUAUUCCAUGGAGCGAUCGGAUCUUGUUAAAUAGUGAAAUACCUGGUUUACAUGAAGUUAAAGAACUGUUGGAGGAUGAUGAUGCAAGUUGUUUGGCGGAAGAGGAGGAUGGAGUUGGAUGUCCAUUGCCUUCGACACCGGAAGAUGAUCAUCUCCUGGAUUGUGAGAUGACUGAAGUAUUGAAAGCAGGUGUACUAAGCGAUGAAAUCGAUCUAGGUGCACUAGCACAUAAUGCAGCGGAACAGGCUGAGGAAUUUGUUCGAAAGGUAUGGGAAGCAUCGUGGAAACAAUGUCAUUUUAGAAAUCUACCAAGAUGGUUGCAAGAUAAUGAUUUCUUACAUGCUGGCCAUAGGCCGCCAUUACCUUCAUUUUAUGCGUGUUUUAAAAGCAUUUUUCGAAUUCAUACAGAAACCGGCAACAUCUGGACACAUUUAUUAGGCUGUGUUGCCUUUAUUGGUAUAGCUAUAUUUUUUCUAACACAACCUCCUAUAGAAAUUCAAUUGGAGGAAAAAUUGGUAUUUGGUACCUUCUUUGCUGGUGCUAUAAUUUGCCUAGGAAUGUCAUUUGCCUUUCACACAGUUCAUUGCCACAGUGAAUGCGUGGGAAAGCUAUUUUCAAAGCUAGAUUAUUGUGGCAUAGCUAUGCUUAUUAUGGGUAGUUUUGUACCAUGGCUUUAUUACGGAUUUUAUUGCGAUUAUCAACCUAAACUAAUUUAUCUAUCAGUGGUGGUUGUCCUUGGUAUAACCAGUAUCGUAGUUUCAUUAUGGGAGCGAUUUGGCGAACCAAAUUAUCGUCCACUCAGAGCUGGAAUUUUUAUGGGUUUUGGCCUUAGUGGGGUAAUACCAGCUGUACAUUAUGCUGUAGCUGAGGGUUGGUUCAAAGCAAUUAGCCAAGCAUCCCUCGGAUGGUUAAUCUUAAUGGGAUGUUUGUACAUAUUAGGCGCGUUAUUCUAUGCUUUAAGGGUACCUGAACGUUUUUUCCCAGGAAAAUUCGAUAUUUGGUUUCAGAGUCAUCAAAUCUUCCAUGUAUUAGUGAUUGCAGCUGCUUUUGUUCAUUACCACGGCAUUACGGAAAUGGCAAUGCACAGAAUGACAAUAGGCGACUGCACCAAUCCAUCGCAGGUGUUGGCUUUUUAAAUCUGCGGGCAUAUACUUUCAUCUUGUUGAUAACUUUCAUGUCUCAUUAACCUAUUAAAAAGACUACAGAAAGAUUCCUAAAUCUUAUGCCAGCAUAUUUGUGCUGUUAAGAGAUAUGAACGCGUGUAAGAUAAAACAAAUGCAAUUUAAUUCCAGAUUUAUGUAUUUUAGACUGUUUGUUUAUUUAAUUGAAUUUAUUUUAAUUUUUAUUUUUAAAGAUGGUUAUUUUUUGAAGACAUUUGUACAAUUGAAAGUUAGUUGAUAUUAUUAAGUUUAAUUGAAAUUUUUUUUUUAUUACAAUUUGUAUAUAUUAAUAUGUGAUUGAUAUACUUCUUUAUAAUUGAGGAAAUUAGACAUUAUGAAAUCUUUUAUAUACAAAAAAUUUGGAUAUUCACAUAAUCACAUUGAAAUGCAGUAUUCGAGCUGAAGUUCAUUAAAUUUUCCUAAAUGUAAAAGUCUACAUAUCAUUUUAAAAGAUGAAUAUAAUCUACUGAAUUUGAAUAUUAUUAAAGGAAUUUCAACAGAGGUAUACAAUGUAAUCUCAAAUGGCCAUGUAUUACUUAUUCUCAGAUUUUUGAAGAAAUUAUCCUGGAAAUUGUAUAAAUAUUUAUAUAUCUUUU